AUGUCGAAUAUAAGUACCAAAGAUAUACGAAAAAGUAAGCCAAAAAGAGGAUCCGGCUUCGAUUUACUUGAAGUGACUGAAUCACUUGGCUAUCAGACACACAGGAAAAAUGGAAGAAAUUCAUGGUCAAAGGACGACGAUAAUAUGCUACGAUCGCUAGUAAACGAAUCCGCAAAGGAGUUAGGCUAUGAGAAUGGACUUGAAGACGUAAAAACAAUUCAACAAUCCAACCAUCUUUCUAAAUGUAUUGCUUGGGAUGUUUUAGCUACACGAUUCAAACACACCGUAAGAACUUCAAAGGAUGUAAGAAAGCGUUGGACAGGAUCUCUGGACCCAAACUUGAAGAAAGGUAAAUGGACACAAGAAGAGGAUGAGCAGCUCUUGAAAGCUUAUGAAGAACAUGGGCCUCACUGGCUGAGUAUCUCCAUGGAUAUCCCUGGAAGAACAGAGGAUCAAUGUGCGAAAAGGUACAUUGAAGUGUUGGGACCUGGAAGUAAAGGUAGAUUAAGAGAAUGGACGCUCGAGGAAGAUUUAAAUCUGAUAAGUAAAGUGAAGGCAUACGGCACGAAAUGGAGAAAGAUUUCGUCGGAAAUGGAAUUCAGACCAAGUUUAACGUGCAGGAACAGAUGGCGGAAAAUUAUUACUAUGGUUGUGCGAGGACAAGCAUCAGAAGUAAUAACAAAGGCUAUAAAAGAAAACAAGAACAUAGACAUGACAGACGGAAAACUCCGACAACAUCCAAUCGCCGAUUCUGAUAUACGCUCAGAUUCUACACCGAAUAAAGAAGAACAGUUGCAGCUAUCUCAACAGAACAACCCUUCAUUGAUAAAGCAGGAUAUAUUGAAUGUUAAAGAGAACGAAUCGAGCAAACUACCAAGAUUAAAGGAUAAUGAUGGACCCAUUUUAAAUGACAGCAAGCCACAAGCAUUACCUCCCUUAAAAGAGAUAUCUGCACCUCCACCAAUCAGGAUGACGCAAGUCGGUCAGACUCAUACCAGUGGUAGCAUUAGGAGCAAAGUAUCUUUACCAAUUGAAGGUCUUUCUCAAAUGAACAAGCAAAGUCCUGGAGGAAUCUCAGAUAGCCCACAGACAAGCCUUCCCCCAGCAUUCAAUCCAGCAUCUCUCGAUGAGCAUAUGAUGAAUAGUAAUAGUAUUUCAGAUUCUCCGAAGCAUGCUUAUUCUACUGUGAAAACUAGAGAACCAAAUUCCUCUAGCACACAAUGGAAAUUUACAUUAAAAGAUGGUCAAGGUUUGUCAAUUUCUAACGGAACUAUUGACAGCACAAAAUUAGUAAAAGAAUUGGUUGACCAAGCUAAGAAGUACUCUUUAAAAAUUUCGAUACAUCAACAUAUUCACAAUCAUUAUGUUACAUCCACAGACCAUCCUGUCAGCAGCAAUACUGGAUUGUCAAAUAUAGGAAAUAUAAAUGGAAACCCUCUAUUAAUGGAUAGUUUCCCACAUAUGGGUAGACAACUGGGAAAUGGUCUUCCAGGGUUAAAUUCAAAUAGUGACACUUUUAACCCAGAAUAUAGGACUUCUCUGGACAACAUGGAUAGCGAUUUUUUAUCAAGAACACCCAACUAUAACGCAUUCAGCUUGGAAGCAACUUCACACAAUCCCGCUGACAAUGCAAAUGAACUUGGUUCACAAAGCAAUAGAGAAACAAACAGCCCGUCUGUAUUUUAUCCUCAAGCAAAUACAUUGAUCCCAACUAAUUCUACCGCUACAAAUAAUGAAAUCAUUCAAGGAAACGUUAGUGCUAAUAGUAUGUCACCGAAUUUCAAUGGAACAAAUGGCAAGGCACCAAGUUCGACGGCAUCAUAUACAACGAGCGGUUCAGAAAUGCCACCUGAUGUAGGUCCUAAUAGAAUAGCGCAUUUCAACUAUUUGCCACCAACUAUACGGCCUCAUUUAGGCUCAUCAGAUGCGACAAGAGGUGCUGACUUGAAUAAGUUACUCAAUCCAUCUCCAAAUUCAGUAAGAAGUAACGGCAGUAAAACUAAGAAAAAAGAAAAAAGAAAAAGUGAAUCAUCUCAGCAUCAUUCUUCAUCAUCUGUGACAACCAAUAAAUUCAAUCACAUUGAUCAGUCGGAGAUAUCAAGGACUACAUCCAGAUCUGAUACUCCAUUGAGAGAUGAAGACGGCCUGGAUUUUUGGGAAACGUUAAGAUCCUUGGCUACUACGAAUCCAAAUCCUCCAGUUGAAAAGUCAGCUGAAAAUGAUGGUGCCAAGCCUCAAGUGGUACAUCAAGGGAUUGGCUCACAUACAGAAGAUAGCAGCCUAGGUUCCCAUAGCGGAGGAUACGAUUUUUUUAACGAACUGUUGGAUAAAAAGGCAGAUACACUGCAUAAUGAGGCUAAGAAGACGAGCGAGCAUGAUAUGACGUCAGGAGGUUCUACCGAUAAUGGGUCAGUCCUGCCACUGAAUCCUAGUUGA